CGUCGAAGAAACCGAGGAAGAACGUCACAGAGUGACCGAAGCUUGAACCACCUGCUCCUCGUCAGACGUUUGACAGCCAGUGACCUGGAGGCGGGGUGAAGUAGGCGGUGAGGAUGCUGCGUGUCACUCGCCUCGCGCCUCACGCACGACGCACGGAGUUUCCUCCAGCGUGAACGCCCCUCCACGCGCGUCCGUCCUCGCCGGCUCGCGCCUCUCCUCUCCCCGCCUGCAGGGCGACAUCUCGGGCUGCGGAGGGACGGAGCUCCGCUCGCUCCUGGAUGAUCGGAGUCUGACGCUUGACACUCGGUUCUGCAGGACUGCAAUCCAUCUCUAUGACAACAGAGAAAGCUCCGGCUGGGGAGAUGAAGAGCGCCAUGGAGGGUGACGGCAGGAGAACCAAUCAGCAGAUCCCAGAUGACCAGGGCGACAUGGACGACAGCUCAGAGAAGACCCCCAGCAAGGCCUCCAAGUCUCCGCAGAAGAGCAGCAAGAGGCCAAAGACUGUCCCAGUGAAAGUCAUGCUGCUGGAUGGGUCCGAAUAUGACACUGCAGUCGAGAAAUUUGCCAAAGGCCAAACGCUGCUGGACAUGGUGUGUGGCCAUCUGAACCUGCUGGAGAGAGACUACUUUGGCCUGAGCUUCGUGGACACAGACACUUCCAAGAACUGGUUGGAUCCGUCCAAAGAGAUCAAGAAGCAAAUUCGAGUGGGCUCCUGGACUUUUGGGUUUUCGGUCAAGUUCUACCCACCGGACCCUUCUGUUCUCAUAGAGGACAUCACCAGGUACUACCUGUGCCUACAGUUGAGGGAUGACAUCCUGUCGGGCCGGCUGCCCUGCUCAUUCGUCACCCACGCCCUCCUGGGCUCCUACACGGUCCAGGCUGAAUUAGGAGAUUACGAGCCAGAGGACCAUGGGCCAGAUUACGUUAGUGAUUUCCAAUUUGCUCCCAACCAGACGCGCGAGCUGGAGGAGCGGGUGAUGGAGCUGCACCGAAACUACAGGGGCAUGAGUCCGGCUGAGGCCGAGGUGAACUUCCUGGAGAAUGCCAAGAAGCUGUCCAUGUACGGAGUGGACCUGCACCAGGCGAAGGACUCGGAGGGAAUCGACAUCAUGCUCGGAGUCAGCGCCAACGGUCUCCUCAUCUACCGGGAUCGUCUGAGGAUCAACCGCUUUGCCUGGCCCAAGAUCCUCAAGAUCUCCUACAAGAGGAGCAACUUCUACAUCAAGAUCCGUCCAGGCGAGUACGAACAGUUUGAAAGCACCAUUGGCUUCAAGCUGCCCAACCACCGGGCCUCGAAGCGGCUGUGGAAGGUUUGCAUUGAGCACCACACCUUCUUCAGGUUGGUUUCUCCAGAGCCUCCCCCCAAGGGCUUCCUGGUGAUCGGUUCCAAGUUCCGCUACAGUGGGCGGACGCAGGCCCAGACCAGACAGGCCAGUGCUCUGAUCGACAGGCCGGCCCCGCUGUUUGAUCGCUCCGUCAGCAAGCGCUACCUCUUUCCACGAAGCAUCGACGGAGCGUCCACACUGGGCGACAGCACCGACCAGCUGUCUCAGCGGAGCUCCAGUGAGCGGACACAGUUCAUGUCCAGGGAGGACCUGGACCAGGAGGGCAGCCUGGAUCUGGAUCACAGCCACUGCCAGGACCAGGAACAAGACCAGUUCACUGACCAGGAGCUGGAGAUGCCGGAGGACGGCUGCAACAUGUCGACGCCAAACAAGACGUUGGAGAUCAAGGGCGAGGAGGCAGACUCGCGUCUAGACUCAAAAGCAGAGGAUCUGACCCCUCCGCGGCCCAAACAAGAGCAAUUCCUGGACAAGCCGGACGAUGUCCUGCAGAAGCACCAGGCCAGCAUCAAUGAGCUGAAACGUGCCCUCAAGCAGCCCAACAGCAAAACCCAGAGAGACAAGCGGGUUUCCUCUGCGACUCCUCCGAGCGGAACCCCGGAGCGGAAAGCGGCCACUGCUGACGCCAAAUUGAUUGAAGGAGCGCUGGAUACAUUGUUGCUUGAGGAGCAGAAUGCACGCCUCUGUUUGGAAGCUCAAACGUGUCCGACAGCAACCGGAAGAGGAGCAGGAGGUGAUGUGGUCGCGACCCGCAAACAUCAGGGUUCUGUUUUAGGCCAUUCAGUCUAUGAGAACGGGUUUGAGUCCCCGAGUGACGCACGGAGAGACUGUGAGAGCCACGGACAGACAGACUGGGUGCAUCUGUCCAACGGUAAGGCAGAGAGGACGGCGCCGGACACCCGGACCCCAGAGUCGUGGAAAGCCCGAGACUUGUGUCCUGCGGCGUCAAAAGACACACGCUCAGAAGUCACCAGAAUAGUUCCCCUGAAGCCGCAGAGAUCCAAGAAAUCUUUGAACAAAGAGGGUAAAGACGCCACGAUCCCCGAGCGGCAGUCUGAUCCCUGCGACUUUGCAGCAGCCGGUUACGAACAGAUGAAGAAAUCCUGUGAGGCUCGGAGGAGUUUAGAUGGGAACGCGGCGCUACAAGCCACGGUGGGCGUGCCCAACAAUCUCAGCGAAGCUUCCAUCCCGUCCCUCCAGCAACAGCAGGAGCUCAGAGAUUCCACAGGACAGCGGGCGCCGGGGCAUUUUCCCCACAACUCUCUGCCGAAAUGUCCCAAAGCUCCACCUCGAUCCCUCCCCCUGACAACGCAGUGGACCCGAGACAAGCAAAGCAAGGUGGACGUCAGUCACAUCCACCACAGGAUCCCCGAACCAGACGCCAAACGGAAGCAAGCGGACACGCCCCCCACUCCUGCGAUCCACGAGGAGCACCACAGUGAAGCCUCAAAGGAGCCGUGGGAGAAACGUUUAGGCUCCGUCUCUGAAGACGACCAGGACCAUGAGAUCCUGUACCUGAAGGAGACCCACCUGGGCAUCGAGCGUAAAUGCUCCAGCAUCACAGUGAGCUCCACGUCCAGCCUGGAGGCCGAGGUGGACUUCACCGUCCUCACCGACCUGCACACCGGCAUGGAGGAGUUCUCCCGCGGGAUGUCAGAGCUGGGCGAGCGAGAUCUGUCCCCAGACCGCGGCCUCUGCAUGGGAAUUGACUUCCUCCAGCAACAGCCAGCGCCUGCCUCUGAAACACCCCCACCUCUGGUAGCGGCCCCUCCAUCCCGAGGCGUCACCGGCAACAGCCCUCCGACCAGAAACAUUCCACCUGAAGAAGUCCGGCCUGAGGUCAAGCGUCCGGAUGCUCAGCCCAUCGUGCCCAAGAAGCCGAAGCGCUCCGUGCCUGUGUCCUCAUCGGUGGACAGAGGAGAGCACAAAGAGGGCAGCCGCAUCUCCACUCAGGAUGUCAUCAUCACGCCCGCCGUGAGGAAGACGGACGUCCGGACGGAGACUCAGCCCAACGGGUCGGAGGUCACCACCACCAUCGUGGAGUUCACGGAUCAGGAUCACGGCAUCAUGAGUCGGAGCGAAGUGUCUUUCUCUACACGCCAGAGCGUCUCUCCAGUGCACAUGGCCAGGGAGUCCUCUGGGUCUCCCAUUCUUGUCACGGAAAACGUUACCUCUGCAACCACACAUGUAUCCAAGACUGUGAAAGGGGGCUACUCAGAGACCAGGAUUGAGAAGAGGAUCAUCAUCACAGGGGACGACGACGUGGACCAGGAGCAGGCUCUGGCCAUAGCCAUUCAGGAAGCCCGGCAGCAGCACCCAGACAUGCUGGUGACCAAGGCUGUCGUUGUCAGGGAAACAGAAUCAUCGUCCGAAGAGCGACGAGGUGCAUCCCAGUCCUGACUCUCCAAAGCAACAGUGACCCCCGCUGGACUGGAGGAAGAUUUGGAACGCCACGCAGCAAGAGCUCCCACACCCCUGGACAGAGGGACUGGCUCAGACUCAAGGACUCCUCUCUGAUCUGCUUUGUUUGGAACUGCACUUGUGAUUUGAUUUGUUAUGGAAGCGCUCUCCACAAACCAGCUGGAGAAGCGCCUCCAAACACCAACCUCCUGUACAACAUCUCAAACACUCGGUUUAACUAACUCCUUAAUAUGACGACUCAGUAGCACCACCAUCUCACAAAAACUGGAAAUGACACACAACUAAAGGAAACUGGAACAAAAGCUUUUAGCCUCUAGUCAGAAACACAAGUGACUCCUUGGAAAUGAAUGUCAUAUAGAAUAAAGAUCUGCCUGUGGUGAAGACACAACGACAGUUUGUCAUCGCAAAGUCCACAAGAGCACAGCACCAACUGAACCUAAACUCUCAUACAUUUCAACAGUCGCACACUUGGUUACAGCACCUCAUGCAAAGCUGCAUACGUGUCCAAAGAAUGACACACCUCCAUUUACGCUGUAACACAAACGCAACUGUCGACAAGCUUCAGUACCUUCUCAGAGCCGGAUGGCCUCACUUCCUGAUCAAUGUGAGCCAAGAACUGCGACUACCAUUCUUUCACUGCUUCUCAAACACAACAUUGAAACAUGAGAAGCCUGUGCACUGAACAAAAGUUAGUGUGAAGUUAAGCUUUAAGCCUUGAAAGUACAAUGUAUCUAAUGUCUGGUAACCUGAACAACAAACCAGAAGGCCUUCUUUUUACUUGCUUCCCUCACACAGAACUCAAGCCACACUUCCUGGUGUUAGAAAGAGAGGGCCACUGACUCACUGUUCCAACCGAGCUCAGCCAGAACGACGCCACAUACCUUCCACUUCCUUGGCUGACCGGAGCGACGCUGGUUGCCUGGGUGCAUUUCCAACAAGAAUCCCAAUAGAGGCUAGACUUUACAUGUUUGUGGUGACAUGUGCCGUUUCUUAUUUCAGUUCCUAAUGGGUGACAAGAAAGUCUUGUACUGUUUGGUAGCUAGUGAAAUUGUUAGUGAAAUGGACUGCAGGGAGCACCUGUGCAAGCGCUUGCGCUGCUCAUCCAAGGUCACGUCUGCUCGUGACGCGCGGCCCCGGACCACUCCCUCUUCCUGCGCGGCCUCCAGCUGCUGCCCCCUGUUGCUGUGUCUUUGCUGUACAUUGUACUUGCUUUCUUCUGAAGUGAAUAAACUGGAAAGAGAUGCCUCCUCUGUCAGCCUGUUAGUUCA